AUGAAGAAAACCUCGCGUCGAAAGGCAGUACCAUACAACACGUAUGUGCAGCGAGAGCGUCAGCAGCGUUUUUACGAACGCCACAAGACACAUGCUCGCUUCAAGCGACUCCAGCGGCAUGAGGAGCGACAAGGACUUGGUGAGCCUGCUUUGUUGCAGCGUGUGCUCUCAGAGGGAGCAGACCAGGUGGAUGCGGACUACGAGCGGCGCCUGGAACUGACUGGUCUAGGUGCAGGCAAGCCCGUUGCGAAGGCUGAGGCCGCACCAGAAGCUGCAAAAAAACGGCGGAAGAGGCGGCGCAUUGAAGCUGCUUCCCAGCCGACAACAGAACCAGGAAGCUGGAAGCCAAAAGCAAAGGUGGCAGCAAAAGCAAAGGUACCAAGCCGUUAUCAAAGGGAACUGAAGGCAUACGAAGAGGCUCAGGCAGCCAAAGCAGCUGCUGAAAAACAACGGGAGGAGGACAAGCGGGAGCGCAACCGCAAGAAAAAGCAGACAGCUAAGGAGCGCGCUAUGACUGGAAAGCUCUUGGCUAAGAGAAACCCGAAGGGCCAGCCGUCCAUGCGAAAUCUCAUCGAGAUGGUCACAUCCAAGCUGGAAGCCACAACGGCCUCGAGCUCCACCCAAGCCAAGAGUGUACAUUCUUCGCGGGUGCAGAGUUGGAAAGAGCAAUGCAGUUCUUGGAUUUGUGGAAUCUGUCAAAUCUCCCCUUCCUGCUUCUUUCCUCAUCAACUUUUCUCAUUUGCUAAGCUCAAGAAGAAGACCGUUCUAUUUAAGAAGCAUUCAGAGAAGUGCGAAAAAAAAUUGACCAGACCAGCAUUGAACGUUUAUUUGUGA